AUGGAUCAUCGCAAAACGAAACCAGUGCUGAACCUUUACAAUCCACCGCGGCGGUUUCUGCCUUUGAACAGGCACGGAUCACAGCUCUGGUUGACAAAAGGAAGUGGCAAAAACAGGUGGCCCAGGAUGGAAGCGGCACAGGAGUGUGGGUAUAAGUGUACAUGUACAUCAUUACUUUUAUAUCCAGACAAGUUAUAUGGAGCAAGGUUAUACUCGCUUGUUACAGACAGACAGACGCUGUUUCGCUGUCAAUAUCUCCUUCAAAAAGAUGUCUCAUCCCAGACGUGGUUAUUAGACUCACCAGAACAUUGCGGUUAUAUGGAAAUUUUUUUUGAGAAAUGCCUGCCAGCUAAAGAAGAAGAAGAUUUUGUUCACAUCUGUCGAAAUUUGUUACUGCUGCAAACUGAUGUGUUAAAUAUUCGGUCAAAAAUGAGUGCAUACGAUUGUUGCAUCAAGCGAUACAUAUGCAAAUACAUAAAGGAGAGGGGCUGUACUGCACAUGUAUGCAGAGCAACACCGUUACUGAUGGCGUUGGAAGCCUUUUUUAAACAAGAACAAGAACAAGAAGAACAAGAACGAGAAGAACAAGAACAGGAACAAAAAGAACAAGAAAAAGAACAAAAAGAACUAAAAGAACAAGAAUAA